GCGGGCCGUGUGCGGGGGCCGGGGCUCAGAGCAUCGCUCGGGCUCGGUGCCGCCGCCGGCUCCGUCCCUGCUCCCGCGUCGUCUCCUCGGCCGGCAGCCCCCUUCCCUCCCGCGGACAUGUCGUCGCCGUCGUCCGGAGAGCGGUACGAGGAGGAAGAGGAGGAGGAAGACGGCGCCUACGAGAGCCAGGCCAAGAGGCUGAAGCCCAGCGCCACUGCCGAGGAAGGCGAGAUCGAGUACAGCGGCGCGGAGGAGAGCGAGGGCCGGCGGGACAAGCCCCCCGCAUCGCGCGGCGGCGGCGGCGGCGGCGGCUUCUCGAGCGGGGAUGCCGGGGGAAGUCAUCACAAAGUCUCUGUUUCUCCUGUCGUCCAUGUCCGAGGGCUGUGUGAAUCUGUCGUGGAAGCAGAUCUCGUGGAAGCUCUUGAGAAGUUUGGAACCAUAUGCUAUGUCAUGAUGAUGCCGUUCAAGCGCCAGGCUCUCGUGGAGUUUGAAAAUGUGGAGAGUGCAAAGAAAUGUGUGACCUUUGCAGCAGAUGAGCCUGUGUACAUUGCUGGGCAGCAGGCAUUCUUCAACUACUCCACAAGCAAGAGGAUCACUCGGCCAGGGAACACUGAUGACCCGUCCGGUGGGAAUAAAGUUCUCCUGUUGUCAAUUCAGAAUCCUCUCUACCCAAUUACCGUGGAUGUUUUGUACACUGUGUGCAACCCUGUUGGAAAAGUUCAGCGCAUUGUUAUAUUCAAGAGAAAUGGAAUACAAGCCAUGGUUGAGUUUGAAUCAGUGUUUUGUGCCCAGAAGGCGAAGGCUGCACUCAAUGGAGCAGAUAUCUAUGCUGGAUGCUGCACACUAAAAAUUGAAUAUGCAAGGCCAACUCGACUUAAUGUCAUUAGGAACGACAACGAUAGUUGGGACUACACUAAGCCAUAUCUGGGCCGCCGAGACAGAGGGAAGGGCCGGCAGAGACAAGCUAUUUUGGGAGAGCACCCAUCAUCCUUUAGACAUGAUGGCUAUGGCUCCCAUGGUCCUUUGUUGCCCUUGCCAAGCCGGUACCGAAUGGGAUCUCGGGACACUCCCGAACUCGUUGCUUACCCGUUGCCGCAGGCAUCCUCCUCUUACAUGCACGGUGGAAAUCCUUCUGGGUCAGUUGUCAUGGUUAGUGGGUUGCAUCAGCUCAAGAUGAACUGCUCAAGGGUAUUCAACCUGUUCUGCUUGUACGGAAACAUUGAGAAGGUGAAAUUUAUGAAGACUAUUCCGGGCACAGCACUGGUUGAAAUGGGUGAUGAAUACGCUGUAGAAAGAGCGGUCACACAUCUCAAUAAUGUCAAGUUAUUUGGAAAGAGACUCAAUGUCUGUGUUUCCAAGCAGCACUCAGUAGUUCCAAGCCAGAUAUUUGAACUGGAGGAUGGCACGAGUAGUUACAAGGAUUUUGCCAUGAGCAAGAACAAUCGCUUCACCAGUGCUGGUCAAGCAUCCAAGAACAUCAUCCAGCCACCCUCCUGUGUGCUGCAUUAUUACAAUGUUCCCCUGUGUGUGACUGAGGAAACAUUUGUAAAGUUAUGUGAGGAUCAUGAAGUUCUCAGCUUUAUUAAAUACAAAGUGUUUGACCCAAAACCUUCUGCCAAAACACUGUCUGGUCUGUUGGAAUGGGAAUGUAAGACAGAUGCAGUGGAAGCUCUCACUGUACUUAAUCACUACCAGAUAAGAGUCCCAAAUGGCUCCAACCCUUACACCUUGAAGCUUUGCUUCUCUACUUCAUCCCAUUUAUAGAGAAGAGGACAGCAUGUUAAGAGCUACGUUCACCUGGAUUUGCAAGUUAAAAACUACACUUCGUUCACAAAGCUCUAAAGUGGUUGUUCUAAUGUUGCCUUGUUUCAACUUAAUUCUAAUAUCUUUUAUCUUGUUUUAUAAUAAAUGGAUGUUCCUUCAUAAAUACAAA